UUAUGAAGUUCGCCGUUGCCCUGUGCCUGCUGCUGGCCACCAGUGGAUUCGCUUUGAUGCCAAAGCAUCCCUCUGACCUGGUCACCAUGCUGACCCGCCAGCAGUUCGCCAUGCGCCAGAUGAUGGCCGCUCCCGAGACCCGGGCCGAUGCCUCCGUCAACAACUGCUUCGACAACUACCUCAACCAGCAGACCGAGGUGAUCAAGGACUACAACAAGGAGUACACGGGUUGCCUGAACACCGCCGAUGAGGCACGCGACAAGCUCACCCAGGAGAGCGCUUCGGAGCGCGAGGAUCUCAUCGGUCGCACCAACAACAUGUGCACCAGCCUCACGGCUUGCGAUAACCUGCGCGACGGUCUGGACUUUUUCGAGUGCUACCGCGAUGCGUCCUCCGACAGCUACAAGACCAUGUUCACCCUGAACAGUGACUCCAAUCUGGAUUACAAUUACAUCAGUGCACAGUACACCGUCAUUCAGACUGCCCAGACCACGUGCAUUGAUGAGGCUCGCUUCACCUAUGCCCAGAAUAUGGACAGCUGUGAUGAGAGCCUCGUUGUUUGCCUGAACGGAGGCGCGGCUCCCACGGAUGCUCCCACAACUGCUCCCACUACUGCUCCCACAACUGCUCCCACAACUGCUCCCACUACUGCUCCCACUACUGCUCCCACUACUGCUCCCACAACUGCUCCCACGACUGCUCCCACUACUGCUCCCACUACUGCUCCCACGACUGCUCCCACUACUGCUCCCACUACUGCUCCCACUACUGCUCCCACUACUGCCUCCCACUACUGCUCCCACUACUGCACUGCUCCCACUACUGCUCCCACUACUGCUCCCACUACUGCUCCCACAACUGCUCCCACAACUGCUCCCACGACUGCUCCCACUACUGCUCCCACAACUGCUCCCACGACUGCUCCCACUACUGCUCCCACAACUGCUCCCACAACUGCUCCCACGACUGCUCCCACAACUGCUCCCACAACUGCUCCCACGACUGCUCCCACAACUGCUCCUUCGACUGCGGCUCCAGGAACCACUCCCGUUGUUACCACCGCUGCUCCAGGAACCACUCCCGUUGUGACCACUCUUGCUCCCGCGACCACUGAAGCUCCUGCUGUGACCACUGAAGUUCCGAUCAACACCGGUGAACCCACCACAGAGCGUGCUCCCGAGGAGGAUCUGGGCAGGUCCCUGCCUUUGGCCCAGAAGGGAAUCUGGAACUUGUUCAAGCGUUACAUCUAAAUUCGAGAACCCUUAAUUCGAAUUAAAUUCUAUUUAUUGCUUUAACUUUGAUUUGUCACGAAAAUAACAAUCAGGCC